CGAUCAGUUGAGUUUUUGAACUUCUUCAACAGGUGUCAAUAUCGCGGUAGAGUAGAAAGCGAUCUAACAAGUUCCCCCGAAAUCGCGACCAUAAACCAAUUCUUGGAUUACCCCGCUUCCCCCAGAGACCAGACGUCUGCCCGCAGACCGUUCAUAAGUUUGCCCAUCAGCCGGAGAAUGGGUCGCCAGACGACUUGCAGGCUGGUCCUGCUGCUGGCCUUCAGCCUGGCCCUGAUCCACGCCAGCCAAUCCAACUCCAUAGCCUCCAAGAUCCACUUCGUCCAUGACGAUUUGAAGGAUAAUGAGCUGAGCUCCGCCGAGGAUUCGACUCCUGUCGAGAACCUGCCCAAGAUCUCCACGCCCAAGGUCAAGGAAUUACCCGUGGAGGAGACGACAACCACCAAGAGCCCUGCAAAGAAGAGCACAACCUCAGCUAUCAACGAGGAGGCCAUCAAGGAUCUAUUGGAGGCUGCCAAGCACAGUCAGGCCCUGGCCGAUGAUCCACAUUUUAAUAAGAUGCUCAAGACCGAGAACACCACGUCCUCAUCCUCCUCCGUCGGCGGAAAGAACUCCACCGAUAGCGAUGAGAACUAUGAGUACGACAACUAUUCCUACGACGAUGAUGACUACAAUUACUUUGACGAGGACAAGGAGACCACCUCCGCCAGUGCCAAGAAGGGCAAGGCCACCACUGUGAAGCCCAAGUUGGUGCCCAUUGACUCCACCUCAAAGCCGAAGGCCAAGACCACCGAUCAGAAGACCAAGGAUAACACUAUUGAUAAUGAAAGCGACUCUAACUACGACGAAUACGAUGAUGAUGAUGACGAUGAUGAUGAUGAUGAGGAUGAAGCCUCUGAUGAUAUUGCGGAUAAUGAACAGGUAGUGUUCAGCGAGGAUGUUCCCUGCCCUCGAUUCUGCCAGUGCUCUCGCAAUGUCAACAGCUACAUGGUGGCAACUUGCAGCAGACUGGACCAGGGCACCCAGAAGUUUGGCUCGGACAUCACCGACGUCGUGGUGACCAACGUUGGCCCCAAGUACCCAAUCCUGCUGGGACCCAAGUUCUUCUUCAAUCUGGGUCUCAAGAAUGUGGCCUCCAUCAAGAUUGCCAACUGCACCCUGGAGUAUCUGCAUGACGAGGCCUUCCAUGGACUGAACGAGCUGUAUGCCGUGAAUCUGACGGAUGUGGGCUUGGCCAUCAUCAAUCCUGAUACGUUUGCCCAGAACAAGAAGUUGCGCAUGCUCACCAUUUCGGGUAACGAUCUGAGCGUGAUGUCCAGCGUUCAGUAUCUGCUCAAGUCUUCUAGCAUUGAGGAGCUGGAUUUCUCGCGCAACAAUCUCGUGGAGCUGACUCCCAAGGCCUUCUCCCAGCUGACCAAUAUUGUGUACAUUAACCUAAGCCAGAACAGCCUGAAGAAGCUGCCCGAGAAGGUGUUCGAGACGGCAUCCUCGCUGGAGGAAGUGGAUCUCUCCUACAACUCGCUGGCCGAACUGCCACGCGAGAUCUUCAACGGCACCACGUUGUCCAUUCUCCAUCUGAAGUACAACACUUUCAAUGGCGACCUGCACUUCGGCACCAAGGACCUGCAGCAGCUGGAUUUGAGCUUCAAUGCCAUCGAUCAGGUGCAUCACAGCAUGUUCGACAUGAUGCCUGGUCUGACUAACCUGAACCUGAAGGGCAAUGGCAUCAAGAAGAUCCAACCGGACUCGUUCCUCCUGCUGAAGAAUCUGCGCCACAUCGAUCUGUCGAUCAACGAGCUGGACCAGAUCUCAGGCAUGCUGUUCUUUAAGAACUCCGAGCUGGACGUGAUCCGUCUGAAUGAUAAUCCCCGUCUGAGCCAGCUGCCAACCGAUGGCUUUGUGAGCUACAGCGGAGAGUUCACUGUGUACUACUUGGACAUUUCCAACUGCGCCAUCGGCCCAAUGGGCCACAAGACCUUCUCCACGAUGCCACACUUGACCACCUUGAAGCUGGCCUGGAACAACAUCAACCACCUGCCCAGGGAGAUCUUCAGUGGUCUGCACAAGCUGAUUGAUCUGGAUCUGAGCAACAAUCUGAUUCCUCGCAUGGACGAUCUGCUGCUCAUGGAUAAUGGAGAUCUGACUAAGCUCAACCUGGCGGGUAAUCCUAUCAGCCGGCUCUCUGUGCGUCUCUUUAUGCCCCUGCACCAGCUCCGUUCCCUUGAUGUCAACGACUGUGAGCUCACCUCCCUGCUCUCGGAUCGUCAGUUGGGUGAGGGUUACAAGAUCUUCGAGAGCCUGCGCAGCUUCAAUGCCUCUGGAAAUCUGAUCAAGAAGAUCUCCUCCGCGGAUGUGAAGAGCUUCAAGAACCUACGCUCCCUGGAUAUCACAAACAAUCCUCUGAAGUGCAACCGUGACUUCCAGGACUUCAUUAGCUACGUCACCCUGCAGAUGCAGAUGACUCCCAAGCGCCUGCCUGUGCUGGCCAACCUCGAAGAUGAUGCCACCAUUGUGGAGCUGGAACAUCAGGCUCAGGCCGGAUGGGCGACUCUUGCCCAUGAGGUGUGCAAGCAUGCGGAGACUUCGCUGGAUCUCCAGGAUGAGAAGAAGGCCGACAGCGCCGAGGCCAAGCUGGAGAAGCGUCUGAAGGAGAGCGAGAAGAAGCUGGACGAGGACGAGGAGAAGUUACUCAGUGUCCUGGACAAGAGCGUGCUGGACAAGAACAAGCUGAGCAGCAUGCAAAAGAUCAUGAAGGGAUCGGACAGCGCCAACGAGAAGAAGCCAGAGGAGGACAGCGCCGAGGAGGAUCUGAACAAUGGCGGCGAGGACAAGGAUGAAGACAGCAGUGACUAUGAAAGCGACGAGGACGAUGAGGAUGAUGACGAUGAUGAUGACAACGAUGAUGACCGCUUCGAGGAGGCCAAGAAGAACGCCAAGACCAAGGGAGAAUCUGAUCGUUCCUUUGACAAGUUUGUGAACAAAGAACUGAAGCCCCUGCUAAAGAAUCAGGGUGUCAAGGCCGAGGAGGUGGACCUGUCCCACGAGACACGCGAUAAGUUCCUAUUGGAGAAACUCGGCUUCGAGACCGACGAAUCGGAUGACAGCAAUGACGAGGAGAUCUUCAUUGAACGCGGCCGCAUCUACUAUGGCAACUACAACAUGCUCAUCCCGGUGAUCAUUGUGGUCAGCUGCGUCGUCAUGAUCCUGCUGGCCAUUGCCCGCGUGGUCUACGUGGUGCUCCGCAAGCGCGGCGAGCGCUAUCGCAUGGCCCUGCUGGCAUCCAAGAACUCGUUCGUCUACCAGAAGCUGAGCGAGGACAUCGUGAAGCCGGUUGGCAAGGAGCAGAAGCAACCCAAGGCGAUCAAGCAGCCCAAGGUGCACCGAUACGCGCCGAUCAACCAGGUCUAAGUCCCCCUAGAAUCAGCAGUUCCGGGCCGGACACCGCGGAAGUCGAACGAGUUGCGCUGUUUUUCUAAUUUAUAAGUUUAUUGAUAGUUGAACAAGUGGAAAAUCGCAUCAGACACACACACAGACACCAGAAUGAACCGAGGAGACAGCAGGAACAGACCAGGAAGGGAGUUACAAGUAUUAGCGAAAUGCGAGAAAACAAAGCAACAACUGAGAAAUACUUAAAUCCAAAUAGGAGCGAAGUGAAAGAGAGAGUGGAGAGAGAGAGAAUGAGGAGAAAUAAAUAUUGAUAGAGACCCCCUGAAAUAUCCCUGAAAUAGUUUAUCCCCACCUUAUCCAGAGGACGAGUUCCCAAAUCCCACAUAUCCAUUAAUAACCCUCCUUACGUAUGAGAAUUUCGGGAAAAACUUGAAGAUUUAGUGCCAUUUUGCCAAAUUCCAAACAGAAUGAAAAAUUACUUAAAGAAACACACACACACUUACUUUCCAAAGGAGUUAGUAGCAGAGGGUAGUAAGAGUCUUAGAUCCGGAUCUGUGUAGCUAACUGUUAGAGGACUCCCUAGAAUGACGUCUGAUUUACAAUCUGAUCAUGAGAUGAGAGAAAUAAUUAAUGCAUAAACUAUGUUAAGUCUUUUUUAUUACCUUUUUUCCAAUCGAAAUCAAGUAAUCGCUUGACUUAUUUGACUUUGAAACCAAUUCCGAAAACAAUAAAUUAUUUUAACCAAACCGAUCGUAAUCUUUACUAUAUGCAUACUUAGUAGACGUACGAACACACACCUUAACCUUAACAAGCCGUUCAAUAAAAUUGAAUAUAUUUUAUCUGCGUUCAAUAAA